AUGGUGCAGGUCUUUCCAAACAAGAUCGUCAUCAUGAGCGCACGUGAGAAUAACACCCAACAGCGAGUGGAGCACGAGGUGAGGGAGGAGCGCGCCAGGGAACAGCCAGUGGCGAAGUGGAGACGGGACUCCGAUUCCGUUCUCCAGCUUCUGGCGUCCCCCCUAGUGUCGCGAUCCCCGUCACCGGAGCAGCCGCCGCAGCCGCCGCUGUCGGCACCGCAGUCGCCACCAGCAGCGCAGCCGCCGUCGGUAACGCAGCCGCCGCUACCACCACCACGUUCGCCGACGCCACCACCACCGCCGCCACCACGAUCGCCGUCACCGCUGCCACACUCACCAUCACCACCACCAUGGUCGCCGCCGAGGCAGCAGGAGUGGCACCUGCCACAAGCGCAGGUCGCGCAAGCGCUGCGAACCAUCGUGGUGGAGGGGCGGCGGUGUCAUCAGCAGACGGUCACGUGGACGUGGCCCGCGCCCGAGGUGGCAGCAGAGGAGGCCAGGAUGCGAGAGGCCAUCGAAGCCAUCGAGUGGCGGCGCCCACCGCCGUUGAACCCGGGCCAUCCGAGGGCCAAGUCGGCGAAACGCGACGCGGAGACGGCCGAUCGCGCGGGGCUGGAGGUGACGACCGAGAAGGAACGCGAGGCCCAAGAGGGGCUGGAGGGGCCAUGGGAGUGGCCAACACCGCCGGAGACGUCGCGGGACACGGCGCCACCCCCCGAAGCUGGCGCGGCAGACUUCGUGCCCGGAGUCGCGAGCCCCACCGGCGAGGCCGACGCUGCGGAGACAGCAGUCGAAGGGCGCGGAACCGUGGGCGGAGGUUCCGGAGGCGGAGUGGCCGGCGCGGGUGGCCGAAGAAGCGCAAAGACAGCGAGGGAGGCAGAGGAAGGCCAGGUGGGCCAAGCUCGUGCUGGAGGAGGGACAGCGCUACCGAGUCAAGGUAGCAGGGGGCCGGGUGCGGGUGUUUAA